AUGAUUGCGGUGACUACUGAUACUUGCAAGCCAGCCCCUACCACAUGGUGCCAUUUGUGGGUCGACAACUAUUCGGAGUGCCCGAACGAUAUUACUCAUGGUAUGGGUGACAGUGUUGCUUGGAAAAGCCUGGUUAAGGUGGCAGUUCGUUGGUCGAGCAAAUUUGCUCUUCAUGAAAGUGCGGUUGAAAUUCACAUGCCACCGGGAAUAUCCAUGAGUCAGCCUGCGAGUUCUCGGACGUCGAUGGCUCCCACGAGCGACACGCCCGGCUUACAUCCUGCCAUGGCUAGCUACGUCUUUGUUGCCAUCGAUACGGUCCUCUCUACCGUGAAGGUUGCAUUGGAUUGCCGGACAAUGGAAAUCCCUGCCCCCAUACUGUGA